AGGCUGUAUACAAUUAGGUUUAUAAAAUAGGAAUGUCCGAAACAGCUAAAGUUUCUGACGCUAACCCACAUUACAAUGUAACCUGGUGGAAACAACUUCGAAUAAAAAAGGUUGUUCUUCCUGAUAGUUGUAUUUUCUGCAAUUCUUCUGUGGAUUGUGAGGAUAAACAUGGAGAAUACUUACAGCAUAAUUUCUCAGGUAUGAAACUUCAUUACUUCUGUUUGUUGCUUGCAAGCGGUCUCAACCAAACUAUAGAUGUAACUGAUUGUACGACUGAAAAGGGUUCAAUUUAUGGCUUUAGAAUCAAAGAUAUAGUAGCAGAGUACCACCGAGCAUCAAGAUUAAGAUGUUCGUUCUGUCACAAGAAGGGAGCUUCAAUUGGAUGUGCAGUACCACGGUGUAAAGUGAAAUUCCACCACCCGUGUGCUGAAGGAACUGUGUCACAAUUUUACGACCAAUUCCCUUCAUUCUGUAAGUUGCAUCGACCAAUGCAAAGUGCAGAGAAAGAGGGAGGGACGACGACCUGCCCCGUCUGUCUGGAUCCUGUGUGCUGUUCCAUUAAAACUAUUUCCUCCCUUAAAACCCCAUGUUGUCAUGAUGUUUGGAUGCACAGGGUGUGUGUGCAACAACAUGCGAACUCCUCCGGCCUCCACUUCUUCCGAUGUCCUGUCUGCAAUGAUGGUGAGAUCUUCACUGAGGAGAUGAGGAGGAUGGGGAUCCACAUCCCGGAGCGCGAUGCUGCGUGGGAGAUGACACACGAUGCUUUCACCGAUCUUCUACAUCGACACGCAGAGUGCGACGUGGAGGAUUGUGUGUGUCCGCACGGGAGAGAUUUCAGCCUUAAGGGAAGCGAAUGGGCAGUUGUUUUAUGCGAUUUGUGCGGAUCAUUCGGUACACACAUCGGUUGCCACGACGAUGUUGAUUGUGAGAAUUCAUACUACGCGUGUUUGAACUGUGAGCGAAUUCACGGCCGCGAGGGGGCGCGAGAGAUCGCUGUCGCUAUGGGCGUGAUAAUACCCGAAGUAAAGCGAACGCGAAGGUCGGAGCGAAUCAGUGCACCGCGUUCGAAGCGGGCGCGGUUGACGCUUCAACUAAGUGAUUGUUCGACAAACAACAAGAGUUCAAAAAUGACAAAGAAAUCGCCUUCAAAGUCGGAAAGGUCGGAAAGUUUGGAUGCUGGAUCAACGAAUUGUGACGUCAUAAACACCGAUUCAGGUUGUUCUAGUAACAUGACGUCUGUUGGAGUGAAUACGUCACAAGUACCUACCAAAAGUACCAGAACCAUCGGUGUCAAUACUGUUUUUACCUGCCUACCCUUUGAUGACGUCACCCGUAUAGUUGAUGACAUCGCACUGCCAAAAGGUGACACAUCAAAAGUAGAUAAAGUUGAAGUUAUAAAACCACACGACGCAAAAUUAAUAAAAAGUGACGUCACGAAACAGAAGAGUGACGUCACUGCUAUUACGUCACAAUCCACCGACAAGAAGCUUCGUUCAAACCAUUUUCGGACAAAACUUCGUAAAAUAAACAAAGGAUCAAAAAAAGCUAUAAAAAGAAAAAAGUAAAGAAGUAAAUGACGUCAUAUUAUUCAUUCAUGACGUCAUACUUUGUUUGUUUUUAUAUUGUUCACAAAUGUUGUAUAUUUACUUUAUUUUCGGUUUGUUAUAAUAAAAUAUAUUGGGUUCUGUAUUCUA